CCAACCCUUAACGAAAAAUUCCAGGGUGACAAUACCGAAGAGAACACAAAAGGGUUUUUAGGGUUUCUGUUUGUGAGAAAAAAAAUGGCAGAUGAGAGUGGACAGAGGGCUAAGGGAACCGUAAAGUGGUUCAGUGACCAAAAGGGUUUUGGUUUCAUCACACCUGAUGAUGGUGGUGAGGAUCUGUUCGUUCACCAGUCAGGUAUCAAAUCUGAGGGUUUCCGUAGCCUAUCUGAAGGUGAAGCUGUUGAGUUUGAGGUUGAAUCUGGUAGUGACGGAAGAACCAAGGCUGUUGACGUCACCGGACCUGACGGUGCUGCUGUAUCCGGUGGUGGAGGUCGCGGCGGAGGAGGCGGCCGUGGUGGUGGUGGUUACGGCGGUGGCGGUGGGUAUGGUGGUGGUCGUGACAGUGGUUACGGCGGCGGUGGAUAUGGUGGAGGCAGCCGUGGGGGCGGGGGUUAUGGUGGUGGUGGUGGUAGUUACGGCGGCGGUGGUGGAGGCAGUGGCUGUUUUAAGUGUGGUGAAAGUGGUCACUUUGCUAGGGACUGUGACCAAGGAGGAAGCGGUGGUGGUGGCGGUUAUGGCGGUGGUGGUGGAGGUGGUAGAUAUUCUGGUGGUGGUGGUCGUGGUGGCGGCGGUGGAGGUGGCUGCUACAAGUGUGGAGAAGAUGGUCACUUUGCCCGUGAAUGCACCAGCGGUGGUCGUUGAUUGUUGUUUUAGGCCCUCUGUUGCUCUUAUCUUUUUAAGUUUGUUUUGUUUCUGGUCAGUUUGGAUUAUGUUUUAGUGUUUUAUUCGGAUAUGGUUCUAUUUUCUGCGCUUAGUAUUAGUUUAUUUUCAUGCUUUUGGUGAUGGGGAGUUCUAUUUUUGUCGGUGUUGCAGUGCAUUGAAUACUCCUGUACAUGUUUUCGAAGCUAAUAUCAAUUAAUUAGCUGCUA